CAGCUCACUACACUUGUUACUAGUGUCCUGAGCAGGAAGAGGGGCGAGUGGAGCCGCUGGUGGGGGGAUUAAAAAACACUCCAGCCCAAGCAACAACAACAACAAAAAACAACCAAAAAACCACCAACCCACCCCCACACACACGCAGCCAGCCGGCCGGCCGAGCGAAGCAGCUCCUUACUGAAAGGAAAGCCAAAGCCAUGAGCAAUCAAUACCAAGAAGAGAGCUGCUCUGAGAGGCCUGAAUGUAAAAGUAAAUCUCCAACUUUACUCUCCUCCUACUGCAUAGACAGCAUCCUGGGCAGGAGGAGCCCCUGUAAAAUGAGAUUGCUCGGAGCUGCUCAGAGCCUGCCUUCUCUCUCUAACAGGACAGAACAGGACAAGGCCGUGCAAGGAUCCCCCAAGGGGAGCCCCCCGUUCGAGCCCGCCGAGCUGCACCUGCCCCCCAAGCUGCGCCGCCUGUACGGGCCCGGAGGGGGCCGGCUGCUGCCGGGGGCGGCCGGGCCGCGGGGGGAGGGGGCCGCCGCCCCGGCCUGGGACACGCUGAAGAUCAGCCAGGCGCCCCAGGUCAGCAUCAGCCGCAGCAAGUCCUACCGGGAGAACGCGCCCUUCGCGCCCCCGCCGCCCGCCCUGGACGAGCUGGGGCGCCCCGAGGAGAGGCCGGGCCCGGCGGCCGCGGGGGGGCCCGAGGAGGAGGACGAGGAGGACGAGGAGCUGCUGGAGGAGGAGGAGGAGGAGGACGAGGACGAGGAGCUGGAGGAGGAGGACGAGGAAGAGCUGCUGGGGGAGGCCGGCGGGGGGCUCCUGAAGGAGGCCAGGCGCGGCGCGGCGCCCGUCGCGGGGCCCGACGGGGGGGAGCUGUCCCCCAAGGAGGAGCUGCUGCUGCACCCGGAGGACGCCGAGGGCAAGGACGGCGAGGACAGCGUGUGCCUGUCGGCGGGCAGCGACUCCGAGGAGGGGCUGCUCAAGAGGAAGCAGCGGCGCUACCGCACCACCUUCACCAGCUACCAGCUGGAGGAGCUGGAGAGGGCCUUCCAGAAAACCCACUACCCAGAUGUCUUCACCAGGGAGGAGCUGGCCAUGCGGCUGGAUCUGACCGAAGCCCGAGUGCAGGUAUGGUUCCAGAACCGUAGGGCUAAAUGGCGGAAGAGGGAAAAGGCUGGGGCUCAGACACACACCCCAGGUUUGCCUUUCCCUGGUCCCCUGUCAGCAACUCACCCACUCAGUCCAUACCUUGAUGCUAGUCCUUUCCCUCCUCAUCACCCAGCUCUAGACUCCGCCUGGACUGCUGCUGCAGCAGCUGCUGCUGCCGCCUUCCCUAGUCUACCUCCUCCACCUGGUUCUGCAACUUUGCCACCAAGUGGGACUCCGCUAGGCCUCAGCACUUUCCUGGGCGCAGCUGUAUUCCGGCAUCCAGCCUUCAUCAGCCCUGCAUUUGGCAGGCUCUUUUCCACUAUGGCUCCCCUGACUAGUGCUUCCACUGCUGCUGCCCUACUGAGACAGCCCACUCCUGCCGUGGAAAGUGCAGUGCAAUCAAGUGGGCUAUCAGAUCCAGCAACAGCUGCAGCAGACAGACGGGCUUCUAGCAUAGCAGCUCUGAGGCUGAAAGCAAAAGAACACGCAGCUCAGCUCACACAGCUCAAUAUUAUCCCUGGAAACAGCACAGGGAAAGAGGUGUGCUAAAAUA